AUGGACUUUUCAACAUGGCGCACGUCGUCCAACCUCUCCCGCGAUAGCGAGGCCGCCGAGACGCUCGAAAUCCGCCUCCAAGAGCUCACCAAUAUCCUCAGCGACGAGAGCCGACGUCCCCUUCCUCAUCCUUGUAUUCAGUAUGCAUCCAUCAAGCAAAUCUACGUUCCCAUCGGCAAGAUCGCCACUUCCUCCUACAACGAAUGGAUCAUCAAGGAAGCUGUCCUUUUCUUUGCGACCCUCAUCGAGAGCGAGGAAGAGGCCUUUGUUGAAAACCCGACCUUUUCCAGCAGCCUGACCAAUUUGCUCGUGCGCAUUACCGGCGUCAAUAGCGUUCGACUCGGCUUAGAUACCGAAUCCCGCGUUGUUGAGCUGGCCUUCAACAUCACCACCAAGAUUCGUCUCGACCCCGCCAUACUGCCUGCUUGGUUCAAGACGCCCCAGCUUUCGGCCGACCAGAACACUCGUCAGCAUCUUGAUGAGCGGGAGCGAUUUGCUGGUCGGACGCAGCGGGUCGACUUCCCACUCUUCUACAUCCUCAUGGACUAUAUCCACCACGAGGGGAAAGUGGGAGACUUUGCUCGAACGGGGUUGUUGUACAUCAUCGAGGCUGCGUCGAGUUCGGCCACUCUGGAGCAGUGGAUAGUGGAGAGUGACUUGUCUACGCUCAUGGCAACUGGACUUGGGGCGUUGUACAGUCAGCUGAGUCGCAAGCUGGUCAUUGAUCACCUGCCUCAUGAUUUGCCGCCAACUCUGGCCUUGUCCGACUACGAGCACCCUACAUCCAACUACGAGAUAAUCAGUUCUUGCUCGCCAGAGUUUCAGUCGCAUCUGGAGACUUUUCUCUCCCACUUGUUGUUUUGGCAAGAUGUCCUGAAUCAUUGCCGGUCAGUCGAGGUCAAGUCGACUUUGCUCGAGCAUUUCCAGGUCAUUUUUCUCCAGCAACUGCUUUACCCGUCUCUACUCGAGUCUUCCGAUAUUGACGGAGGCUCAUCUGUUGCCGUGCUGACCUAUCUGCGUCGGAUCCUCGAAUCCCUAGAUCAUCCCGAUAUGAUACACCUCAUCCUUCACUAUUUGCUGGCUCUGCCGGAUUCGACGCCGCCUAAUAAGAAGCCUGCGCCGUCAUUGGUCAGUGCUGCUCGCAAGAGGAAGUCAAUGGACUUGACAAAAAUGAUGUCAGAGAAGGCAGAGGAGCCGGCAACGCCUCUUCUUUUCAACCUUGUCGACCUGAUCCUGUCCUGCCUGCGAUCACGAAACCAACAGACCAUCCACGUCACUCUGCAACUCGUGUCUGCCAUCUUGAAGAGGCAUCAUCGCUACGCCGUGUUUACACUCUUGAGAACAGACGUCCUCCCCAGUCAUACCAAGCACCGGACUGUCGGUGCUCACGAGCAAGAGGUCAACCAUCUCGUCUACCUUGCCGGCUCCAUAGGCGGCAGAGCUGACCUUGACGAAAUGUACGCCGGCAUUCUCAGAGACACGUCGACUCGACUGGAGAGUCAUCCCUGCUCACUCAGGUUGCUCGCGCCCAAAGUGUCAACAAAUCAGCAUCAAUUACCGGAUGUGCCAGACAGCCUGCCUGGGGCACCGCGGGACGUCAAGGAACACACUCUUCGCCCGGACGACCCGCUUCUGAAUAUCAUGCUGGAUCUUUUGGAGACCUUCUUCGUCAACUCUGUGGAAACAAAUUUGUCACUGACCGAGACGAUUGUUGAUCUUGGUAUCUGCGGAUACAUGAGCAUCGAGGGCUGGCUGGCUCGCAGCCCCAGUGCCUACGUCUACGAAGACGGCGACGAAGAGCUGGAGCGUGGGUACGAAACAUCUGUAGCAAGUGAGGCUGCAGCCGAGCCGCCGCCGCAGGCCAUGGACAGCGCAUUGAGCAACUCUCUGGACGAGGCUCGGCGUAUGAAGGACAUGGAGCGAUGCAGAACGGCCCCCCAGUGGGAGGAAGCCUCCCUGCCCCGUGUCCUGAAUGUGUUGAAGCGUCUCUGCGACCAAGUCGCCAAGUAUAAGCAGACUAUACCGAGGUUUGACGAGCUUCUGGAACAGAGGCGCGACGCGUUUCAAACGGCUGAGUCCAUGCUGGAUAACCCUCCCCCACCUGCGCGCAAGGCGUCUCCGACUCGGUCGGGUACACCAGAGCAUGCUAGUCUGGACGAGACUCUGCGUACUGGGUCUCCCCCACGACCUUCGGCCAUAGAAGGAUUCGCGCAGCGUCUGCUUUCUGAACUGGGAACGCCAAGCAGAUCAGCAAGCCCCAAGGGACGCAAGGAGCAGAGCAGGAGCUCCGGGGCAUCGACGCCGGGCAGUCAACCCCCAGGACCGGAGUUUAUGACCCCAAAAGCCGUCCGUGUGCCCCCAAAAGACUUUGCCAUGAAUUACAAUGACCCCAGCGAGAGCGGAACUCGGGGCUUCUCGCCCGGUAGCGGUGCGAGACCGGAUAUCGGUCCACGGCCUGAGGAGCGAGACAAGAUAGCCGAAAGCCAAGCGGCGGCCUUUGCCGCCAUUGACCAGAGUAUCUUGUCCAGGCGUGUAGGGUUGCCGAAUGAAAAGCUGGAGCCUAUUCCGCUUGAUCUGACGAAGAAGCCGAGAGAUGACCACGUCGACGAGGCGGAAGCCUUGGUACGACAAGGGCACAGCGAUGGCGCGGGAUCGGUGGCUUCGGCAAAUGCCGCUGAAGACGUGGACGCCCAAACAUCGGAGGAAAAGUCGGUGACAGCAUCCGUGUCUCACGUGCUGACCAAUGCCAUUAUCUUCCAGAGCUUCUUGCUUGAACUGGCCAGCCUGUGGCAGACGCGGGCAGGGCUGUUUGACGAAGUGCGCUAUGUAUAG